CCGCUCUCCUUUCGGGUUCUUCCUGGCUCGCAUUUCGGAUCACAGCCCCAGAAUCGACUGUCCGUCCAAGCUCGACCCAGCGACUCCUGCCUUGCCGCCUCCCGCAUCCAGUCGUGACGACUGGCAUUCAGAGACGACCCCACCCCCCCCCAACUGACACAAACAGGACAGGAUCAUCCUUUCCACACUCAAUCAUGUCCAGCAAGGUCUCGAGCGCAAAGGGCAAGCGCGGCGCCAAGAAGAGCGGCCAGAAGCACCAAAACACCUUUGCCUUCACCGUCAGCAAGCACUCGUACAUCCAGCAAAAGAUCGCAGCGGCUCCCAUCAGCGGUCUCUGUCGGCACUGCGUCGAGAUCCUUCAAUGGAGAAAGCGCAUGAACAAGUACAAGCCCCUGACUCAGCCCAAGAAGUGCGUCAAGUGCAACCAAAAAUCCGUCACUGAGGCCUAUCACAUCAUCUGCAACAAGUGCGCGGCCGAUAAGAAAGUCUGUGCAAAGUGCCAGCAGUCGCAGGAGAUUGUCAACGACAAUGCGCCCACUCCACAGGAGAUCCUCAAGUCCCAGCAAGACCACGAUCGUCUGCUGGGCAGUAUGAACGAGCGCCAGCGCCGUUCGUACAUGCGCAAGAUCGAGCGUGGCGACGAGGACGGCGCCAACAAGAUUUCCCAGACCGCCGCCAACGCCCAGAGCGACGACGACUUUGAUCUCGACGACUUUGACGGCAUGGACGACGACUUUGACGAUGAUGGGGGCGAUGGCCUGGACGAGGAUGAAGAUGAUAUUGAAGACGAAGACGAGGAAGCUUGAUGCAUCCCGGUCGAGAAGAAGAAGAAGAGUGUGGCAGAGCAAUCCGCCAGGCUCACGGCUCACAGCUCUAGCUCUCGCUCGCAUCGGCGCCAUCUCGGCUCUUCGGCUGGUGCACACGGCUCAGGACUGGCGGUGCGCAGACAUACAUCUCUCGGCUGCAUCGCCUGUGGAUAUUGUAGAUACUGGAGUGUACGUGUGUGCAUUGGCCCUCCUUUUUUGUUUGAGGCGGGGAGCGAUCCGGAUCUGGCUGGGGCAGAAGUGACAGCGAUACCAACCACUCGCUUCUGCCCAUUGUCUGUUUCCGCGGGUUUACCAGCUUGCCAUUUGCCCAAAGGGUUGGAAAUCUCCCCCCCCCAUUUCCUCCCAUCGUGUGUUGAAUGAAGGGCAAGCCGACCCAAAGCAAAAAUGCAUACUCGAAUCCAAGAGAUCAAAUGUCGUUGCGAUUCCGCCA